AGAAAAAUGAAUCUGAGAGUGUGGUUUAUUUUGGUAGCAUACUUAGUUUGGGUAUGCUAUUGAGAUCCAAGCAAUUACCCAGUAGUAUUUGAUUUCUCUGGUAUAUAUCUUCAAUGAUACUCUUGGAGGAUUUAAUAAAGAAUUGAUAGAAAUUACUGUCACCGAAAAGGCUCAAUGGGACUUAGAAUCAGGCUAUCUAGCUCAUACAAAUAACAAAAGAAUAACAUUUAGUGGACAAAUUGAACAACAAGCAACUCCAACUUAUGAAUACUCUAUUAAUGCUUGGGUUUACUCAUACAGUCGUCAUUUUGAUUACAGUAAAUUUAUAUUAUCACGAUUUAGUGCUAUUUUGUCUUCCAAUAAAAGGGGAAUGGAACAUUUCGUCAACUGUUGGAGUUCAUGAUGCCACUUGCUGCUUCAAGUCAAAAGCAACAGCAAAUAAUAAAACUUAUAAUUUUGGAUGCUCUCUUGAUAGUGAUAACACUCAAAAAUGGGCAAGAAAAAUAGUGAGAAUUCAGACUUUAUUUGCAUGGCAAUUUUAUUCCAUUCAAUACAAAGCACAAAGUUCAUCUUCCUUUGCACCUUCUGUAGGGGAGUUAAAUAUUACAGUUUGGGAUCAAGACGGGUCUGUAGUAACUGAAUCUAUUAUUUCAGCUGAUAUUUACUCUUACACUCCAGAUUAUUAUUCGAUUGGCCAUAUAUCACAAUCAUCUACAAUAAGUUAUCGAUUAAAAGGAGAAAUUGCCAAACUUUCUUUCUAUAACGAAUUUAACGACGGUGGGGUUCAACAUAGAAACGUCACAAACGAUAAAUUUAAGAACAACUAUAUUGCGAUGUUUGAUUUCCAAAAUAGUUCUCAAUAUAUUUAUCAAGAUAACAUAAUGAAGGUGAUCGGAGUGGAUUCUUCUGAACAGAAUACAAGCUAUUCAAUCUCAGAGAUAAAUGGAAAUACAAACUUAAUCGUUCCUACAAGUCUCGGAUGGAUCUUUGGUUCUUCAACAGUAUUAAAGACUUCUCUUCUCCCAUUCAAACAAUCAAUUCAAUUCAUGGUCGAGGUGGAAGGAUUUUGACUUGAAGCAGGAUGCCAAUACGGUUUUGAAAUGCAGGAUAAUUCAGGAACUAAAGUCUCGAAUAGUUACCAAAUUAGCGAUACUUGGAGUGCAAUUUCACCAUCAUAUAAUGCAAGCUCCAUUUAUUUGAUACCUCAAAACUUUACAGUUCUAUAUUUUGGAGGGUUUGCAUUUAAUAGUACAAAAUUUGAAAACUCAAUAAAAAGCAGGUACUUAAGACAGAGUAGCGAUACUACAGCCAAUUCAUAUGAGUCUAUCCUUCAUAAUGGGGCUGUAAACCUUCCAACUGCUGAUGAUAUCAAUUUAGUAAUGAACUUCGAGAAAAUGAUGAUCAGCAAAAUAAAGUUUUACAGACACGUCAAAAGUGGGCCUGAUGUGUGGUCAGAUCUCGAGCUAUACAAAGAGUCUGAUGAUGCAAAGUUUAAUUUUAUGCAGGAAUAUUCAGCAUAUCCAGCUCCCACUGCUAAUCAACCUGAUGUCUGAGAACAGUACAUAACCCCUGCAAAUGUAUGCCUAAAACAGGAUGCAAACUCUAACAUUGAAUGCCAACCGGGAUUCAUCCAGACUAAUAAUUUCUGUUACGAUAAAUGAGGCGAUGGAAUAGUUCAGACUCCUCAAACAGUUGCAUGAGACGAUGGCAAUGAGAAUAAUGGAGACGGGUGAAACAGCAAUUGAAAAGUAGAAACUGGAUAUGUUUGAACAAUAAACUCUCAGAACAAGUCUGAAUGAAUCCGAUCUUGAGGAGACGCAAUCAAGCAAUCUUUAGAACAAUGAGAUGAUGGGAAUGACGAAGAUGGGGAUGGCUGAAAUUCGAGAUGAUUUAUUGAAUCUGGCUAUAAAUGAGAUUUCACAAACCCCAAAACGUACUGAUUUAAAAGCUGAGGAGACCAAGAACUUGAUACUGGGGAGCAAUGAGAUGAUGGAAAUUUAUAUGAUGGAGAUGGAUGAAAUAAGUCUUGCCAAAUUGAAGGAAGUUUCAACUGAGAUAACACUCAAAUGCCAAGCAAAUGAACUCCACUAUGUGGAAAUGGAGUGAAAGAUGCAGGUGAAUCGUGAGACGAUAAGAAUUCAAUGAAAUUUGAUGGUUGUAGCGAAACAUGACAGAUAGAGGAUUCAUAUGAAUGCAAUUAUAAUGUGACUUUAGGGAGAGAUUUAUGAAUAUCAACAUUCUUUCCUCCAAUCAUUAAAAAUAGCAAAAAUAACAUUCUGAGCUCUGAAAUCCAAUUUACUUUUAACGACACAAUGGGGGAAUUUAAUUUUACAGGAAAAGAAGUAUCUCUUUCGUUUACAGGUCCUGCAUUUGAAUAUAAAUGCUUUGCUGAGCUAUCAUAUAUAUCUGAAACUACUCUAAAGCUCAAAUACUCAAUAUCUCCAUCCAUCAUUGGGGGAUCUAAUGAAGAACUACUAGUCACUUUUAAAGAAGUGAAAACAUUUUACAGCCAAAAUGACAUUCCGAUAUCUAAUGAAUAUGAAUUCAGAUACACAUUUGAUGUUCUUCCUUCCUCGGAUACAGCCAAGGGAGCUUCAUCAACUGCUUCUUUCACAUUGAUUAUUUCAUUUAUCCUCUCUGUUGCCAUAAGUGUUUUCACUGGUGAGUCAAUGGAACAGAUGUGGAGUUUGGCUAAUACUCUUCAAAUAUUAUUUUUCCUUGGUCUUCUUGAAAUAAAUUAUCCCUCAAAUUUAAGAGCAACCUUUGAGUUCAUGAAAUAUUCAAAUUUUGAUAACCCCUUAACAAAGAUGCUUUCUGAAUGGAUUUCAAAUGCCCUUAAUUUUGGAUCUGUCCGAAUCGACACUAAAUUUGCGGAUUUCGGUUUUGAAAGUUCUGAACUUCUUUUCAACUCUUUUGAUAAAAUUCUGAUGAUUCUUCUCAUCAUCUUUUCAAUGUUCCUCUUCUAUUGGCUAGCAAAAAUAGCAGAAAGGAAAAAUAAAUGGUAUUGGAAGCUAAUCAGCAAAACUGAUAAGAGCUUAAGAUACGAAUCUAGUUGCAGAUUCAUAAUUGAAGUAUCCAUGGUCCUCUCAAUAUGAAUUUUUAUCAACUUAUUUUAUGGAAGAUAUGAAGGAACAAUAGAUAUUAUUUCAUAUGGAUUGUCAAUGAUUAUGCUUGGGCUACUUUGAGCAGUUUUAAUUUAUUGAUAUUUUUUUCCUCUGUGUAAUUUUGAGAAAAUACAAACAUAUCCAGACAAAGUAGAAAGACAUUGUAUAUUAUUUUUAGAGUUCAAACGAUCAGACCCUAAGAAACUUCUGUUUUACUAUAUUUUUACUACACGGAGAAUAUUGCUAGCAGCCAUUAUUGUAGGAAUAAAGCAAAAAGUAUUAUGCCAACUAGUCUGAAUCCUCAUAUUGUUUUAUUGGAACUUAAAGUAUAUGGUAGUUCACAAACCUUUUAAAAGCGCUUCUAAUAAUUUUUUGAAUAUUUUUAACGAGUCUUUUCUGUUCUGCUUUGCAAUAGCUUUGGUUCAAAUGACCUCAUCAAAUGAUUCUGAUAUGGCUUUAAUUGGAUAUUUAUCAGUGGGUUUGAUAAUAAUAUUUUUUAUGACAAAUAUGUCAAUAAUUAUUGUUCUCAAAUGAAGAGGAAUGUGAAAGUGUAAAGGAAAGAAGAAAAUUUCUAAACUUACUCACAAAAACAAAAAACCAACUAAGCCUUCAGACAUUGAUAAGUCUGCCUCGAACAGAAAUGUUAAUUCCUUGAAGAAACCUGAAACUCAAUUCAUUGGCAACAUGGAUGUAGAACUUUAUAUAAAGAAGUUCAAAAAAGAGGUGUCUGUAUAUAAAGUGCCAUCAACUAAAAAUAUCUAAAUUAUAGCAGAUAAGUGUUUUAACAAUCA